UAGACCUAACCCCCAUAGAUAGGGGACAGUUUUGGCUACAAACUGGGACCUAAAUCCCGGUUGAUUUUUGGCCCGCCGCCCUCGAAAUAGCUCUCCGGCGUCAAAACUCAAACCUUCUCCUCUCCAUCUCUUUCUGCGGCGAACACUUCCCCUGUCUCUCUCUCUCUCGCGCCGCCGUCGCUGGUGAAAUUGAAUUAAAAUACUUGAUUACCUAUUUAUAGGGUUGAUUAGAAGGAUUGCUGGAAAUGGAUUUUACAUGCAAAGAAUGUGAUGCUGAGGAGUCCUUAUCACCUGGAGUAUUUGAGUUACCUGGAGAGCCGGCUGUCGUUAUUAAUGGGUUACCUCCCAUUUCUUCAAGUGUUGACACCGUUUUUCCUUGCCCAACAGUUACUGAUGCAGAACCACGUAAGAAUUCUGGUUUUGGUCAAUGGCUUGAAGGAAGAGAAGUUCGCAAGUUGUUUGGGGACAAGUAUUACUUUGGGAAAGUUACUGAAUUUGAUGAGGAAGUUGGUUGGUUCAGGGUGAAGUAUGAAGAUGGCGAUUUCGAAGAUCUUGAGUGGCAUGAGUUGGAACAAAUUCUUCGGCCUUUGGACAUUACUAUUCCAUUGAAAACAUUAGCCUCAAAGAUCAUUAAGAGGAAGCAGAGAUCUACUCAGAAGUCUGGAAAAUCUGGGGGUGGAACUAGAAAUCAAGGCUUAAAAAUGAAAAAGACAGUGUAGAAAAACGUUAUUUCUUGAAGUUGUGUGAAACUCCCGGCAUGUCAAAUGUGGCAUGGUAUGUUUUUGCUCCUGGAUAGAACAGCAUAUUUUCCAACUUCAUGAGCAUGCCAUGAGAAUUCUGAAACUUCAUGUAGAGAAUGGUAGUUAGGUAUAGUCUGGUGAAUUGAGGAUCUCUGAAGUUAUAUUGACUUCAUUUAGCACAUUCAUUCAGUCUCGUCUAUAUUAGUCUGAAGACAUCAUUUUUGCAAAUUCUUGGUUGUGUAUCAAGUGAAGAAUUGGUUCCCAAUUUGCUUGGUUUCGUCAUCUCCAGAGUUCAUUAUUUUUAGAGCUUAGGUUUCUGGAAAGUUGCAUAGUUGCCUUUGUUAUUUCUGGUCAAAGCGUUGGCAGAAACCUCCUCGGAGAAAAGUAACCCAUAGAGAGUUUUCAGGCAGAGAAUAUGAAGGAUCCCUCUAGCGCUAGCAGUCAUUGUGGCAAUCUGGACUUGUUAUUGAUAUCUCAUAUUGCCUGUUCAUCUCUCCCACUAACCAAAGGUUCUUUAUUCAAUAUUUCUUUCUUGGUAGUGUAUGGUUCUGCAGGGACGGAAAUAAUAUCUGAAAUUUAUGAUUGCUCAUGAUGGACUUCGGUGGUUGUAUACUGAUUACUGAAUAAAGACCAGUAAGACUGAAUGCCAAACAACACAGUUUGAACCGGUUGAACUCUUCCAGCAUAUGACAGUUUCUUUGCUGUCCAUGAGGAGAUCUUUGCAACUAUCUUCUCUACCAAAGGAUACCAUUGUAAAUUGCGAAGGCCUAAUGAGAUAUUGACCUUUCCAUCUGCUUCAUCGGUUGGGCCUCCAAAAGCACUUCCAAUGGCAUUUCCUUUGUAGCCGGAUGUGCCAAGAGUUAGUUUUAUUAGGCGUAGAAUCAUAGAGAUCUUGCAUCAAUGUAAUGGUACGUAAUGGAUACCCCUGGCUCACACGCUUCAUGCCCAUGCUUCUUACAUCGAGUAUGUGAGGAAGCCUCUGCUUACUGAAGUUAUGAAUUUUAAUGACAGACGACUUAGAUAGUUCUAUAUAAAUGGUUGAAAUUGGUUUAUAGACUCUCUGUUGUGACA